AUGGCAACAGUCAAGAUGCGAUCCGACCUCAAGAAGACAAUUCUGCUAGAGAUCAUACGGGAGAGCAAAACAUUUUUUAAGCUGCAAGAGCUGGAGACAAUAGGAUCGAAGAAGGGAAUCGUUGUCAACACCAUCAAAGAGAUGUUGCAGCAGCUUGUUGAUGACGGGCUUGUUUUCAACGAGAAGGUUGGCAUAAACAGCCUAUACUGGUCAUUUGCAUCGGAUGGGCCACAGAAGAAAAGAAUAAGAUGCAAGCAGCUGAUGGAAGAAUGUGAGCGGCUGGAGGAGAGCAUAAACAGCAAGAGGAUGUAUGCUGAGAAGGAAAAGAGCAUUAAGAAAUAUACUAAGGAACGGCGUGAGCUUGAGGAGAAACUAAGCAUGCUGCUGACGAUUGAUGAGGAUCUGAAGAAAGAGCUGGACAAGUUUCGGGACGUUGAUCCAGAGGCAUACAAAAGACUUGUUUCUGAUAAGCAAAGUGCCGUUGAAGAAUGCAACAAGAUGAUCGAUAACAUCUUUGUUGUGCAGGACUAUGUUUGCAAUAGAUUUUCGAUGGAUAAGGCGGAUUUCAACGGAGGGUUUGCAAUUCCAAACGAUCUUGACUACAUCCAAUAG